UGACGUAGCCGCCAAGCUGCUGCGCUGCGUCAGAGCCCAGCCGAGCGAAGGAAGAAGGAAACGAGGAAUUAAGAAAAAAGACAAGAGGUUGUGAAAGGGACUGAGAGAGAGAGCCGGAGAGACAGACCUGUGUCGUGCACACCCGCGGACGGACGGACGGACGGACGGUCAGUCAUGGAGGGCUCCACGGAGGAAGAAUACAAAGAGAAAUUAUUAUGGAACGUCAAACGAGAGGUGAAGCAGAUUAUGGAGGAAGCAGUGACUAAGAAAUUUGUCCACGAAGACAGCAGCCACAUCAUUGCUCUGUGCACUGCAAUCGAGGCCUGCCUGGGUCACCUGCUGAAGAGACGGGCUGCUGGUUUUCUCCGCAGUGACAAGAUCGCCGCCCUCUUCACCAAAGUCGGCAAAGUCUAUGACAUCGCCGGCGAGAUUUGCCGCAAAGUGCAAGAGCAGCUGCAGCUGCAGGCUGAUCUCACCAGGAGAACUCAGAGCACGGGACAUGAACCUCUGAGGAGACAGGGCUCUUCCACCACCAGCCGCCCCCCUCAGCCCCUCUCUGCCCAGGCCAUCAAACACAUCUGGGUCCGAACAGCCCUCUUUGAGAAAGUUCUGGACAAGAUAGUGCAGUACAUCGUGGACAACUCCAGUAAAUACUACGAGAGAGAAGCUCUGAUGCAUGACUCAGUGUUCGGACCCAUCUUGGCAGCCCUACUGGUGGGGCCCUGUGCUCUGGAGUACACCAAGCUGAAGACAUCAGAUCAUUUAUGGACCGACCCCUCAGCCAAUGAGCUAGUUCAGCGCCACCGUAUUCACGGGGCCCACCGGAGUCAGGACACCACGGCCGGCCGCCGGCCUGCUCUGGGGAUCCGGAAGAGGCAGUCUAGUGGCAGCAUGUCAGAGGACAGGUUUGCUGCAUCAGCGAGGGAGUAUGUGGAGUCUCUUCACCAAAACUCCAGAACACACCUGCUCUACGGCAAAAACAACGUCAUGGUGCAACCGAAGAAGGACAUGGAGGUGUUGCGGGGCUAUUUGUCGCUCCACCAGGCUGGGGAUAACCUCACCCUGAAGUGGACCCCCAACCAGCUCAUCAAUGGCACACUGGGAGACUGCGACCUGGAGAAGAGUAUCUACUGGGACUAUGCACUGACUGUUCCUCUGCGGCAGAUCGUCUGUAUCCACUGUCAUCAACGCCCUGAUUGCGGUGGUACGCUAGUUCUGGUGAGUCAGGAUGGGAUCCAGCGGCCGCCCCUCCACUUCCCCCCUGGUGGUCACCUCCUGGCCUUCCUCUCCUGCUUGGAAACAGGCCUCUUACCACGGGGUCAGCUGGAGCCCCCCCUCUGGUCCCAGAAAGGCAAGGGAAAAGUGUUCCCUAAACUACGGAAGAGGAGCAGUGCUGCCCGGCUCAUCGACCAGGACAAGAACGGUGAGGAGCAGACAGCUGCUGACUACGUGUUUCGCAUUGUCUACCCAGGAUACCGCUACGAUGCCAUCACUAUAAACUACCACCACACCACGGGCAGCCGCGCUCCGUCGCUGGACGAUGACGAGGAAGAGGAAGAUAGGCUCCAUGCUAUGAUCUCAAUGAUCUGCUCGCGGAACCUCACAGACCCUAAUGUCAUGAAAGACCACGGGGAAAUGAUGGAGAUGCAGGGUUUUGGAGGAAGCCCGUCGUCAUGGCAACAAGCCGAAGUAACCGCUCACGAGUCCCUGUGCCAGUCCUGCUCCACAGCUGGUAGCAUCGCGUCGUUUGACUACCCAGCCGGCUGUACCUGCAUACACGACCCUUCAGACAUUCACACUAUUCCUCUGAAGAUGCUCUGCCAGAACAUGAAGAGGCAGAUAGUCUCCAGAGCCUUUUAUGGAUGGCUGGCCUACUGUCGACACCUGUCCACCGUGCGGACUCACCUGUCAGCUCUGGUCAACCACAAUAUCGUUCCUCCAGACAGACCUUGCGAGGCGUCCGGGGGCCUCAGCAAAGAGGUGUGGAGCAAGUACCAGAAAGACUGCAAGAACUAUAAGGAGCUGGAGCUGCUGAGGCUGGUUUAUUACGGCGGCGUACAGCACGACAUCAGGAAGGAGGUCUGGCCUUUCCUGCUGGGACACUACAAAUUCGGCAUGGGCAAAAAGGACAUGAGCCAGACUGAUGCAAAGAUCAGUGAGCGCUACCAGCAGGUGAUGAGGGAGUGGAAGGCCUGUGAGGUCAUUGUCAAGCAGAGGGAAAAGGAGAUGCAGUCGGCCAUCUUUGCCAAGCUCUCCUCAGGCAGCAGCAUUGACAGCCACGUCCUGCGACUCGUUCACAGAGACUCCACGCUCAGCAACGAGGUGUUUAUGUCGGUGGACGAGCCGGACGCAGGCAGCCAGGAGACCCCCAGUGGAGAGGACAGCACUCCCACCAUGACCACCUUGGUCCCUCCUGCCGCCCUCCCCCCGGAGGAGCGUCCUCUGGUGGAGUUUGACUCCCCCGACUCGGGUCUCCCUUCCUCCAGAAACUACUCAGUGACCUCUGCUCAUUCCCAGAUCCUGUCAAGCAUAGACGACGGUCAGAGCACGGAGGAGGAAGGGGGGGGCGGGGAGGAGGGCAGGACCCCGGGUGUGCUGGGGGGUUGUCAGGACUCUCUGACCGAGGACAGGCUGUGCAGUCAGCUGGACAAACUGGUGACCAAUGGUGCGCCUGCUGAGGGGAUGUCACCAUCACUAUCCUCAUACACGAUCGAGCUGUUAGACACAGUCGCCCUGAACCUCCACAGGAUAGACAAAGACGUGCAACGCUGCGACCGAAACUAUUACUACUUCACCACGGGCAACCUGGAGAAGCUACGCAACAUCAUGUGCAGUUAUGUGUGGGAGCAUUUAGAGAUGGGCUACGUUCAGGGCAUGUGCGACCUGCUCGCUCCGCUCAUGGUCAUCCUGGAUGAUGAGUGCCUUGCGUACAGCUGUUUCACUCAGCUAAUGAAGAGGAUGAGUCAGAACUUCCCUAAUGGCGGAGCCAUGGACACACACUUUGCCAACAUGAGGUCACUGAUCCAGAUCCUGGACUCUGAGCUGUUUGAACUGAUGCAGCAGAACGGAGAUUACACCCACUUCUACUUCUGUUACCGCUGGUUCCUGCUGGACUUCAAGAGAGAGCUCCUGUACGAAGAUGUGUUCGCGGUGUGGGAGGUGAUCUGGGUGGCUCCCAGGAUUUCCUCACAGCACUUUGUCCUCUUCCUGGCCUUGGCCCUUGUCACAGUUUACCGCGAGAUCAUCAUGGACAACAACAUGGACUUCACUGACAUCAUCAAGUUCUUCAACGAAAUGGCCGAGCGUCACGACGUCCAUCACAUCCUGAAGAUAGCACGCGAGCUGGUCCACAAAGUCCAGUCCCUGAUGGACAACAAGUGACCCGGGAGUAAGAGGAGGAGGAGGAGGAGGAGGAAUGGGAGGACGCAGAGGGAGAGGAUGUCUGACCUUAAGGGGACGUUCAGUGCUUCCUCUCGUCCCUCAGAGCGUUUCCAGACCUCCACCCUCGAGUGCUGCUCGAAGCGGUUUGGCUCUGGAGCUCAGCCCCUAGAUCUGUUUACAUUUACCUUCGCGUGGAAUGCUCAUGGUGUCCGUUCAGACAUGUGGAUUUGUCUGCAUGCUUGUAAGUUUGAUCGCACUGUGAACGCAUUCUUCAGUCUACCCGGUUCUACAGAGGUUGCAUGUGUGUGUGUGUGCAUAAACACACACACACACACACACACAGAUGCACAUUCCAUAUUGGCUCUAUCUCUUUCUAGUCUCGCCUCUUUCUCCCUGACUCUGAAACAGAACCAGAACAGAUGCCUGUCAGGAAGGCUAAAGCGCUCUCAGUGUUGUGACAGGUGUGUUCCUCUGUGCAGUGCCACCAGAGGCCACCAGAGGGCAGGAUUCGCUCACAACAUCAGAGGAGCAGAAGACUUAGCCACGAAGAAGUUUUCAUUAGUGACCAAAUGGACUGUGCCAACUUACCUUUUCAUGAGUGUUUUCUACAACUAGCAUGUGUGUUUUUACCCUCACACCCCGCACCCCUCUCUUUUUUUGUCCAGGAGUUUUAUUAUCACACAGAUGUUGCCUUUAUCAGUAACAGCCCAAGUUGCACUUUUUUGUGAGGGGGUUCCUUCAUGGCGCCUGUGAUGGCCGCCUCUCCACAGUCAGUGUUUGGGGGGGGUCAGAGGUGCCACGAAAGGUGCCGAACUGCUGAGAAACUCAGGAUGAAUUGCAGCCAACUUUUCCUGAAGGUGUCGGUCAGUGGCUAAAGCGUGUUUAAUCCUCGUUCCAAUGCAGAGUCCAGUAACAGCAGAGCACAACAGUGAAAGACAUAAAGCACACAGGCCUGCCUCUGUAACCGAACCUAACCCUGAACCUGUGCAGCUCUCGUUUUCUGUAGGGCUGUAAAACUGAGCUCACAUCCUUGGUAAUGUUUCUGAAAUUUUGGGGCAUUUAAUGAGGAGUUUUCAUGCUAUGAUUACACACACACCUUUGGUUUUUAAGUAUUAUUCUGGUAUUUUAGAUUAAGUUUAAAAGAUGGAGGGGGGGGGGGGGUAGUUUGGACCUCAGGCCCUGUUUUAGUUAGCUUUAAGGUGUUGGAAGAGGCAGUGCCAGCAAACACAGAGACCAAAGGACAUGUUUGAAAAGACCAAACUGUCCAGUGAAUCCAGUAUUUUAAAUCUGAGACCAGUUUGAACAAGGAGAACACUUGAUAGUAAUUGAUUGAUCGAUUGAUUAUGUUUUCCAAUGUCCACAUGCGUAUUUCCUUCUAAGAGUAAUGCUGGUAUUAUUCUGUUUUUCUUAUUGCCUAUAGAUCCCAUGCAAACCAGCUUUCUAACUUCCCUAUUCAGUCUGUGGCUCUUAGCCUCAAGUCCACUCUGGUUCCCACUGAAGUCACAGAUCUUUAAAACUCAUAUAUAAACAUGGCUAAUUUUUAAAAAAAAAAGGCUCAGUAAUUUCCUUAAAUCAACGGGGCACUGUAGUUUUCUCAGGCUGGAGUUGAGCUCAGGUUAUUACAGCCUCAGUGGCAGAGAAGGAAUCAUCUGCAUGGAGCUGCAGUGGUUUGAGGCAUGAGAUUAAUGUUCUUGGACAUUUAGUUUUGUUUUCAUCCAGUAAAUGUAAACUGAACUGAAUAUUGAAUAUUUUAGCAGCAUGUAGUUUAAUGUCCAACUAUACUGUAUCUACAAGAAGUGUCUGACCGUACGCACAGUCUCCUCCGCUGUGCACACAAACACACAACAGCAUGAUACAUUCAGUGUUAUCGGGUCUUUUCAUAGAGCGCACACUGAACAUAGGAAACAAUCACCAGCUCUAUCCCUUAAAUCGAUUCAAGUUUUCCUUUGGAACUGGACUCAAACAUGCACACUGACCUGAAAGCACCACGAAAACUUCCCUCUGAAUGGUUCAGUGCGUGCUGUCAGGAAAAGUGGUUGCAGUUGUCCACAUGGAACCUGAUUGGUGUCCUGCCUCUAUAGUCCAACCUCUGAAAAUAAGACAUGCUUGCACUCGGGUUGGUCUAAAUAACAGAUCUAUUGUCACAGGUUUAAAAAAAAAAAAAAAAAAAAAAAAAGCCUGAGACGAAGCUGCUCAUAAUG